GUGUGUCUGAAUCUGGAUCGGUCAUGGGAGUUGUGGUCUGUGUUUGUGUGUGUGUGUGUGUGUGUGUGUGUGUGUGUGUGUGUGUGUCUGUGUGUGUGUACUGUAUUAUGUAUAGAAGUGAAAAGCAGUUUAUAUUCUUUUUGUGUGUUUUCCUGUUCUGUCUGUUUAUUUUUCUAUUAGCUCACAGCACAGUCACAACAUUUCUCCAGCCAGUGACUUUCCCACCAACACGAUUUCUCUCUGGCUGAAAAACACAUUUCCAUUCUCUCGUCUUUGGAGCGUGACAUAAAUAUGAAAGAUCAACAAGUGUUCUAUUUGUGAGUAAAAUACGACAGCACUGUGGUGAAAUAAAUUAGUGCUGGUGGGCGAUGUGUGUGUGCGUGUCCUGACACAUGCAGGUGAGGUGUGUGUGUGCGGGUGCAUAGAGGACUGGGCACGCUCAGUGUGACAUCAGCGCCAGCAGCGUCUACAUGCCCAUAUUUACACCAGCACAUUAAUGCUUCCAGACACUGGAGUCAACACAGUGCUUCUGCCAUCACUGUCUAUUCCAAUACCUCUCUGUGUGUGUGUGUGUGUGUGUGUGUGUGUGUGUGUGUGUGUGUGUGUGUGUGUGUGUGUGUGUGUGUGUGUGUGUGUGUGUGUACACUUUCUAGUUGCUAUAAAACCAGGUUUAUGCAUGUCGUUACUGUGUGUGUGUGCGUGUGUGUGUGUGUGUGUGACAAAUACAAUUGAAUUUGAUUUACAUGAAAACAAUCUGAUGGAUCUUGUUUUAUCUCGUUAGCGUGUCAGUUAUUGGUUCCUCUCGUUAACCUCGUUAUCCUCCGCUUGUUCUUUAGAUUGUUUACUACAAUUUAAUGGUUUAUUUUUAUUUCUACUCAGAAUUCUGUAUCACUGAGGUCAUGAGGACAGGGUGUCUGGUCAUGAGGACAGGGUGUCUGGUCAUGAGGACAGGGUGUCUGGUCAUGAGGACAGGGUGUCUGGUCAUGAGGACAGGGUGUCUGGUCAUGAGGACAGGGUGUCUGGUCAUGAGCACAGGGUGUCUGGUCAUGAGGACAGGGUGUCGGGUCAUGAGGACAGGGUGUCGGGUCAUGAGGACAGGGUGUCGGGUCAUGAGGACAGGGUGUCGGGUCAUGAGGACAGGGUGUCGAUUCUGCUUUCUUCUCAUGUUACAGAAGAGACGAAGGUGUCGAGCGAGGCUGUGUCUGAGUAUCUAGAGAGCAAGAAGAAGUACGAAGAAAUGAGGAUGGAGAAGCUGAAGAAGGGUUCGAGCAGAGAGGCGCAGACGCUCUCUCUUCUGGACCGGUUUAAGUCCAAGCUGUCUACAGCUAUCUCACAAACUCCAGACACGUCUGAUGACCAGGAGCUUGGAGAGGACGAUGAUAAAGGAUGGAUGUCUCACGUGUUGCAGUUUGAUGAACAAACCAAGAAGGUGAAGGACGCCAACAUGCAGGAUGAAGACACAUUCGAGAUCUACGACCCUCGGAACCCCGUCAACAAGCGCAGACGGGGAGGAGAGCAAGAAAACUUAUGA